UUUUUUUUCCCGGGAGAAAAGGGCGCGCGCCCUGUGCUCUAUCCCCCUUCCCUGGAUGAGGCACGAGACUCCACUCCCCGAGGGGGCGUCCCUUCUGACCCUAUGAGGGCGCCCCGGCCUUGCCAAGGACGCCGCAUCCGCAGCUCGCCCCUCCGCCCGCGGCCACGGCCCUGCUGCUGCCGUCGGGCGGGCGCCCCCGUUGCCCUCUCUCCUCCUCCUCCUCCUCGGAAGCCCCCUCCCCGCCUCCCGAAGUGGCUCCUCCGGCCUGCAACAGCAGCAGAGGCGGAGGGGAGGCUGGCUGCAGCGGCUCCCCCUCCUCCUCCUCUUCUUCCUCUUCUUCGGACGGGCCGCUCGAUCCAGCUCCUGCUCGGCUAGACGUUGCGGCCGAGGUGGCUCCUCCUCCGCCUCUCCUUCCCGUCCCAGUUGCUGCCUCCCCUCCGCCUCCUCCUCCGCGGAGCCCUAAAGCCGCCCGCUGCCGGAGGAUGGUGCGCCUAGCGGCCGAGCUGCUGCUCCUCCUGGGGCUCCUCCUGCUCACGCUCCACAUCACCGUCCUCCGCAGCAGCGCCACAGAGGAGGACGACAAGGAGGCGGCGGCGGGGAAUCACACCCAGCGCCUCCUGCAGCAGCAGCAGCAGGACAUCCUCCAAACAGAUGGGCUUACAUCUCCUGAAGCCACCUUGACACUCAACCCAGAGGACCGUCAAGGUUAUCCUGAACACCAAGGAGUACACAGAUCGUUUGCCAAACAGAGAUACAGGCAGACAAAUGGGCAUACAUCUUUGCAAAGAGAUGGACCCAGAUCUUUCCUUCUGGAUCUCCCAAAUUUUCCUGACCUCUCAAAAGCAGACAUCAAUGGGCAAAAUCCUAACAUUCAGGUGACCAUAGAAGUGGUUGAUGAAACAGACUCUGAAUCUGAAAAAGACCUUCAAAAGGAAAGCAGCAAGCCCAGCUGGCCUGUCGCAUCACCAGACUGGAGGACUUGGUGGCAGAGAUCGGCACCCACAAUCACCCGCAUGAGUAGUGGUGACCAGGAUUACAAGUAUGAUAGCACAACCGAAGACAGCAACUUCUUAAACCCUCUUAGUGGCGCAUGGGAUAGGCAUGCCCCUAGUCACCGGACGUUUGAAUCAAAGGAACAGCCAGAAUAUGAUUAUAUAGAUGGUGAAGGAGAUUGGAGCCCUUGGUCCAUUUGUAGCAUCACGUGUGGAAGUGGGAAUCAGAAGCGCACUAGAACUUGUGGAUACGCCUGCACAGCCACUGAAUCAAGGACAUGUGACAGGCCAAACUGCCCAGGGAUUGAAGACACCUUCAGGACAGCAGCCACAGAAGUGAGUUUGCUUGCAGGGAGCGAGGAAUUCAACGCUACGAAGCUUUUUGAAGUCGACACUGACAGCUGUGAAAGAUGGAUGAGUUGCAAAAGUGAAUUCUUGAAGAAAUACAUGCACAAAGUGGUCAAUGACCUUCCUGCAUGUCCUUGCGCGUACCCCACAGAGGUGGCCUAUAGCACUGCAGAUAUCUAUGACCGGAUGAAGCGGAAGAACUUUCGUUGGAAAGACGCAAGUGGGCCGAAGGAGAAACUGGAAAUCUACAAGCCUACUGCUCGCUACUGUAUCCGGUCCAUGCUGUCCUUGGAGAGCACCACGCUGGCAGCACAACACUGCUGCUAUGAUGAUAGCAUGCAGCUCAUUACGAGGGGCAAAGGAGCGGGCACGCCCAACCUGAUCAGCAUUGAAUUCUCAGCAGAACUCCAUUACAAAGUGGAUAUUUUGCCCUGGAUCAUCUGCAAAGGGGACUGGAGCAGAUACAAUGAAGCUCGUCCACCUAACAAUGGCCAGAAGUGUACAGAGAAUCCUUCAGAAGAGGACUAUUACAAACAGUUUCAGGAAGCAAGGGAGUAUUGAAGGGGCAAAGUAAAGGAAUUGUCCUGUGUCAGAGCCUACAGAACAUAGGCAAUUGACUAAGAGGACACCAAAUCCAAUAAACUCUUGGCAAAAGGAGUAAACUUCUUCCCCUUUCCCACUUAUUUUGUAUAGCUGUAUAGUAUACCCAUUUUUUUUCAAAAUUGUGUGUUAUUUAUAUAUGCCUAUACAAACAUUACAAACAGAUAUGAAGUUA